CUCUGUGUGUGUGUGUGUGUGUGUGUGUGUGUGUGUGUGUGUGUGUGUUUGUGUCUGUGUGAUAUGAUGCCCCCUGAGCAAGAAAGUUCCAUUGCUGCAGGCAAUAGUCCAGCUAAUAUCAUGCUCCCCAACUGGACGGAAACUGUUCCUGUUCAUGCUGAGCCCUCUGUUUCUUCCAUUAACGCCACCCCAUGUUCACAAGAUCGACUACCUGAUCAACAAGAACCAACCCCAUCAAGAUUCUCUAUUUUACGCGCGUCGUUACGUCCCGUAACUCUCAUGUUUGUAGAUGUUGCUUAUAGUAUUGAUUUGUCCACAAAAGGAAGCUGUUGUUCUCCGAAUGGAUCAAAAUCGACAAGAAUCGUACUCAAUGGUGUUAGUGGCAUCGUUCGUCCUGGCGAGCUAGUAGCAAUGCUUGGACCAUCGGGGAGCGGCAAGACUACCCUUUUAACAGCUCUUGCCGGUAGACUACCAGGAAAGGUCUCGGGUACCAUAACAUACAAUGGCCUGCCGUUCUCCAGCUCUGUGAAGCGCAAAACAGGCUUUGUCGCUCAAGACGAUGUCUUUUAUCCCCAUCUAACAGUGAUAGAGACCUUGACAUUUGCUGCUCUAUUAAGGCUACCAAAAAUGCUCACCAGAGAAGAGAAAAUAGAGCAAGCUGAGAUGGUUAUCGUGGAGCUUGGAUUAACAAGGUGUAGAAACAGUGUAGUGGGUGGGCCUUUACUUCGGGGAAUAUCGGGUGGUGAACGCAAACGGGUCAGUAUCGGGCAAGAAAUGCUGGUAAACCCGAGUUUAUUGUUGCUUGACGAACCCACUUCAGGGCUUGACUCGACCACUGCUCAACGAAUCAUGGCCACCUUAAAAGGACUAGCACGUGGCGGUAGGACUCUCAUAACCACCAUUCAUCAGCCUUCAAGUAGGCUUUACAGGAUGUUUGACAAGGUGGUGGUUUUGUCGGAUGGAUGUCCCAUUUACAGCGGGCCAGCUGGUCGGGUCAUGGAGUGUUUUGAUUCGAUAGGUUACGUGCCCGGGUUCAAUUUUAUGAACCCGGCUGAUUUUCUGCUUGACCUUGCUAGUGGCAUAGUUCCUGACACGAAACAAGAUGAUAAAAUGGAGGUUUAUGGUAGAGUAGAUCACCUUGAUGAUCAGAAUUCAACAAAACAAUCCUUGAUAUCAUCAUAUAAGAAGAACCUAUACCCUGCAUUGAAAGCAGAGAUUCAUCAAAAUUUGCAGGACCCAGUUCUUUCUGCAUCGUCAGGAACUUCAUCACUAAGAAAUUCUGAGGAUCAAUGGACGACCACCUGGUGGCAGCAAUUCAAGGUGCUGCUGAGAAGGGGUUUGCAAGAAAGGAAGCAUGAAUCCUACUCAGGCUUAAGGAUUUUCCAAGUAAUGUCAGUUUCGAUUCUUUCAGGGCUUUUGUGGUUGCAUUCUGAUACGUCACACAUACAAGAUCAGGUGGGACUUCUCUUCUUUUUAUCCAUCUUCUGGGGCUUUUUCCCUAUGUUCAAUGCUAUAUUCACAUUCCCUCAGGAGCGACCAAUGCUGAUAAAAGAGCGUUCCUCGGGCAUGUACCGCCUCUCCUCUUACUACUUUGCUCGAAUGGCUGGUGACUUGCCAAUGGAGCUUGUUCUGCCCACAAUUUUUGUGAUUUUCACAUACUGGAUGGGUGGCCUGAAGUCCUCUGUAAUCACAUUUGUAUUAACCCUCUUGAUCAUCCUUUUCAAUGUGCUAGUAUCACAAGGACUAGGACUAGCUCUUGGUGCGAUUUUAAUGGAGGCAAAGCAGGCAACAACUUUAGCUUCAGUGACUAUGCUUGUGUUCUUACUAGCCGGGGGAUACUACAUUCAGCAUAUCCCACCAUUUAUAGCCUGGUUGAAGUACAUCUCAUUUAGUCACUUUUGUUACAAGCUGCUGGUAGGAGUACAGUACUCAGCAAAUGAGGUUUAUGAAUGUGAGCUGGGGAUGGAUUGCAGGGUAAUGGAUUUUCCUGCUAUCAAGUGUCUGGGUACUGAUAAUAAGGGGUGGGAUGUGGCUGCUCUGUCAAUAAUGUUGGUCGGAUAUAGGCUUCUGGCUUAUGUGGCUCUGAGAAUGUGGCAACCUCACUGACCCAUAUGAUUAAGAUUACUCAUUAUGACCAUCUCUUUAUUUGAGUAACAGGAACUAAGGAAAUUGUUAUCCAAUUUUGGUCAUUAUCAUCUUCAAGGGAAGAAAUCCUGAUGAAGGCUAGCUUGCAUAAAUGUAAGUUGGAUUUGUUGCUAAAAUACAUUAAACUUGUGACCCGAUAGUACACAAAUAAUGAUUAAAAGAGUAUCUCUUUUAUAUGUUUGUACA